AUCCGCCAUGACCUGGCUUUUCAUCUCAACCGUCGUUUGCCUCCACGCAAUUCCAUCCGCCAUCAUUUUUUGUCGCGACACGAAAUUAUCCAGCAACCUCUGGCACAACUUGUGGGACCAAUUUGGCUGGCACCUACAAUUCUCCUCCGCCUAUCACCCUGAGACUGACGGACAGACCGAACGAGCCAAUCAGACCAUGGAGCAGAUGAUUCGCACCACCUGCGAUGACCUGGCCAACAGGGAGCAGCAACUGCCACUGAGUGAGUUGGCGUAUAAUAACGCCCCAUCAGCCACUACCCAACAGUCACAAUUCUACGAGAACUACGGACAAAACCCUACAAUACCGAUCAUGGCCAACAUAGAAAAUCCUAAGUGCACGUGCAAAAUGGUUAGGCCUGUGGGAGGAGGGACACACCCAGCGCAGCAGGCGGUGUCAGAGGCCCGGCGAGGCACAGUGUCCAUGACGUGCCACAUGGGUCCUCUCGUCGCGGUGUGGCGUGUGGGUUUGACGGGGAAGUGUAGGCUACAGGACAGGGUCGCCACAGUGGACGAUCUGAUUUUUUUCCUUGCCCAACAUGCCAAGGCCGCAGUGGAGAGCCUUGAGAAGGCUGCGCUAGCUGCAGUCCUCCAAAACGAUGCCAAGGCCACAGCAAAGCUGUUGGAGGGACACAAGAAAGCAUACGGGAUCAUAUUCGCGAGCCGUGUGCGAGAUGGACCCGCCUCUGCCGCACAACUCCUAGCGCGAACCACUGGGGCUCUCCGUGGGGUCAGAUUUGGGUUUCCGCUCUACAAGUGGACAGAGGCCGGAAAGUAUAGACUGGCUGAGGGCAAUGGAUGGGGUGGCGCACGCCAAGGGCAAGCCUACGAAGCACAAAAGGAUGCCACCCUCACCGCUGUGAGGGAUGGGCAGAGCAGGGGAGAGAGCGGGGAGCAUCGUGGGCUGCCCAGAGGAAGUCUCCGGGCACACCUCGCUGCCAUGCGUGGAGCCAAGCCCAAUACUUGGGCAUGAAGCAAAAGUGGAGGCUCCCAUAGUGGAAGACUGGGUGGGAUAGGUUUGGGGGCGAGGGUAACACGCGUUCCCACUGGCGGCAGCGUCGGUAAUCUGGGCGGCGAUUGUGGUGCACGCCCGUGGUGCCGUUGGGGUGUUGGCCGGGCGGGGUUGGUGUGGAUUAUUCUUGUGCAUCAUAAAUAUAACCGCACAUGUCCACUAACACGGAUGCCUUGUGAUGGCCACAAUCGCUCACUGGCAAGGGGUACAAAACAUUUCAA